CAAAUCUCCAUAGGACUUUACGCAUCUAGGCUUUUUAAUGACUUUCAUGGAGGAGCAACGGUAUCCUGUUAAUGUCCGACUGAUUGGAGUGAUGCACAAGAAGAAAAGCAAAAUGUACAUGACCUCGGUGCUUUGGUCAGAUCAGAAUGACAUCAUUGUUUACAGAACCUUCAAGGACUUCAAGACACUUAAUGAACAAAUGAAGAAGAUAUUUCCACCUGCAAAUCCACUUAAAAAAUCGGACAGGAUUAUUCCUAGAUUUCGAGACUGGAAGAUGAAGAUAAACGCAAAUAAUAAAGGUCCCAGCAAGUCGGUGGUCCAGCUGAAGUUUUUGGAGAAAUACUGCAGCGAGCUCCUCAGCUGCGACCCGCGCGUCUCACAGUGUCCUGAACUCAUCCGGUUCUUCCACCCUAAGGACCAAGAACUACAGCCAGAGUUUGCCAAGAAUAGUAUCGUGAUCAUGCCUUCAGAGGACUCCGCUGGACAUGACAAGAGUGUCAACGUUGGCAACGUGACGCAGCCGUUCGUAACGGAGGCAUACCGGUGCAUGGCACCCUACGAGACCAAAGACACCAAAAACCGGCCUUUCAAAGUGGCCGUGGACGAAAACGUGGACGUGCUCAUCAAAGACAAAGCAGGCUGGUGGCUGGUGGAGAAUGAGGACAAGCGUAUGGCCUGGUUCCCUGCUCCAUACCUGGAGAAGGUGGAGGGGGAGGAGGAGGAUGAUGAUAGGGACGGGUCCUAUGGGGAAAGUGUGCUGUAUAGUGCUGUCAGAAGCUACAAAGCCACGAAUGGAGACGAGGUGUCUGUGGACAUUGGCUCAGUGGUGGAAGUCCUGCAGAAGUCUGACAACGGCUGGUGGCUGAUCAGAUACAACGGCAAGACCGGCUACGUACCUGCCAUGUACCUGCAGCCCUACAACAACCCCCGUGUCCGCCUGGCGGCUCUCAACCUGGCCCAGCUGCAGCUCCCCGGCUCCAGCUCUGACCACAAGCUGGCCGGACACUCCCACAAGCUCAGCCGUUCCCAAGGCAACCUCCUGCAGCUGCCCGGCUCUUUUAAUGUUCUAUCUGAGCCUCGGCCUAGCCCUCCACCUGUGAUGUUCACCACCCCCGCCCCGGCAUACCCUAGCAAGGGCACUCCAACACCUACUGUCAUGGUGGAGGUGGACCGGGAGGUGGAUAGACGUGAGUACAGCCUGACUGGCAGCAAGGGCAGCAUGGGGAAUGAGGGCAGCAUGGAAAGCGAGGGCAGCGACUUCAGCUUCAGCGACGACGGCGUGUCGGAGGGGAGGAUGGUCCACGGAAGAUCAGACCCAAACCUGUUCAAGAUGGCCCCCACCACCCCCAAGGUGCCCCCCAGGCCCAGGGCGCAGGAGAUCCUGACGCGCUGCACCACCGUCACGCGCAAGAAAGCCUCCAAAGCCAGUCUGUCGCCAGCGCCUGCUGAGACACUGAGCCGAUAAAUUGGAGCAGUGUUGACCCAAAAUGGUGGUGAUUCGUUGGUAGCCAGUCCCUCCUUAGCCUUUUAAAACCAAGGUUGAAGACUGAGUUGUGGCCAGGAAAUGUGGUGUGAUCUCUUUAUGGGUUACAUGAAGAAUCCAAAGGCUUUAGCACAGAAAGUCACCGUACUAGAAGCCCAGAAGAUGGACUGUGGGACUUUUAUGAUGUUACCUGAACAUGAUUACACUGUGACAUGAUUUACAAGUGUUUAACUGUGCCGUGGGGCUGGUCAUGUAACCAUGAGUUGUGAUAUGGGAGGAAGAAUCAUACGUUACUGUAAUACUCAGUCACAUAUUGAGUCUUUAUUUUUUUUAUGUGGAAGUUUACUUCUUGCACUGUUAGUCAGGCCUACUUCCAUGCACCUGCACAAAUGGAUACUGACACUGAAACUCAUUCACUGAUAGUAACUGCAUUGUAGACAUUUUAAUGCGGUCUGUUCAUUCACAAUUUAUUUUGUGGAUGAACAAAUAUUAAGGUUGGGGGUUUACUGUCAUUUGUUUACAAUCCUCAGUUUUAAUUAAUAAUUUUUCUUCACUUAAAAAUGUGAGAAGUCUGAAGUCAUAUACUGGUAUAAUGAAAAUAUACACUUUAGUGAAUGAACAUUCAGUAGCAAUUUAGAUUUCAUAGUUUCUACUGUAUGGCCUUGAAUCUAGAGAUCUCUAUUUUCCAUACUGGAAAAGUACUAUUGUGCCUUAUAUGCAUGUUAUUAGCAACUAUGGUUGAUUCCACAUCAUGAUUCCCUCAUAUUGUACUGCAUACUGCAAUAAAUUCUA